AUGGCGCACAUAUUAAAUCACACUGGUGUUAGCCACACAGUCUUCCGCUUGCUGGGCAUCCCCGGCCUAGAGGACCAGCACAUGUGGAUUUCCAUCCCCUUCUUCCUUUCCUAUGUCACCGCCCUUCUUGGGAACAGCCUGCUCAUCUUCAUUAUCCUCACAAAGCGCAGCCUCCAUGAACCCAUGUAUCUCUUCCUCUGCAUGCUGGCCGGAGCAGACAUUGUCCUCUCCACAUGCACAGUACCACAGGCUUUGUCCAUCUUCUGGUUCUGUGCUGGGGACAUCUCCUUGGAUCGUUGCAUCACUCAGCUCUUCUUUAUCCAUUCCACCUUCAUCUCUGAGUCAGGGAUCUUGCUGGUGAUGGCCUUUGACCGCUACAUUGCCAUAUGCUACCCACUGAAGUACACCACAAUUCUUACAAACUCCUCUAUUGGAAAAAUCGGAGUGACUAUCUUACUAAGAAGUUAUGGCACAAUAUUCCCCAUAAUAUUUCUUCUGAAAAGACUGACUUAUUGCAGAAGUAACAUGCUUCCACACAGUAGUUGUGAACACAUUGUCUUGGCCAAAUUUUCCUGUGAUGACAUUCGAAUAAACAUCUGGUAUGGGUUUUUUGUCUUAAUGUCAACAGUGAUUUUAGAUGUUAUGCUAAUUUUUAUUUCAUAUACGCUUAUUCUCCGCGCUGUCUUCCACAUUCCAUCCCAAGAUGCUCGCCACAAGGCUCUCAAUACUUGUGGCUCCCACGUCUGUGUCAUCAUCCUGUUUUAUGGGCCUGGGAUCUUCUCAGUCCUCACUCAGCGGUUUGGACGCCACAUCUCACCCCAUAUCCACGUCCUGCUGGCUAAUGUCUGCAUCCUGGUUCCUCCCAUGCUGAAUCCCAUCAUCUAUGGAAUCAAGACCAAACAUAUCUGGGACCAGGUAACUCAUGUCUUAUUUCCAAAAGUGAAAUGA